AUGGAAGGUCUUAUGGACCGCCUUAAUUGUCGUACUUGUGAUCGAAUCUCUUACUUUAACCGGAAGUGCUCCGUAGACGCACUUACAGGUCUUGUCCUUCUGAUUGAAUCACUCCCAAAUGCUCCGGUUCUUGCUAAUUCUGUUGUGGAAAGUCCGACGGCACCUUACACUGCUUCAAUGCGAAAAUUCGACUGUAUUACCUGCCGUGUUUCGUGCAUUGAUGCUGCAGAAAUGAAAGCGCAUUUCAAAUCAAAGCUUCAUAUCGCUACUAUUAGUAAGGGAAUACCCCGAUGCACCGCAAAUGAGAAUUGGCUUCCAACCUGGAGUGAAAGUGAGAGCGAUGGUUCUUCUACUUCUACUUCAUUGGAAAACGAAAAUGAGGAAAAUGAGGGAACACAAUAUUCCGUUCUCGGAUCUACCCCUAUUCAACGUCCAAAUUUUCCUGGAAAACCGAUGAUGUUCUUUAGGAAUAGAAAGGAUGAGAUUGUUGGCAUCUAUCGAUGUCUACUUUACACGAAAGAGGCACCUCCAAGGACGUUUGAAGAUCUGCUGGAUCGAGUGAAUCUGCUCAGAAAGAGUCGAUUUUGGGCGAUUCUGCUCUAUUCUGGUGGCAAGUUCGCUGGCGGAAUUUUUGAUGAGUGUGUGGAGAUAGACAAGGAGGUUGUCCACAAGACCCUUCAUCGCUACACCGUUCGUGCGAAACAGGGCGGCGGGCAAUCACUACGCGACGCCACUAUGGGUGGACUAAGUGGACACAAAUCAGCUGGCUCUAAUCUCCGUCGUCAUGGCGAGAUGGCUAUUAGGGCAGAUAUUUCUCACCUCCUUCACGUAAAAUGGCGGUCCUACCUCCAAGCGUGCCAGUUUAUCCUCACCUGGACACCCAAGGUGCAUCGCGCCAUCUUCUACACUCCGCCCUCCUCCUCUACACCAUCCACUACUGAACUGCAGGAAAUUGAGGAGACUAACGAUGCGAAGGAAAGGGAGAAGGCAGAAGGCGAUGGCAGUGGGCACGUAGAUCUGGCAGCGGAUCCACUUGCUGCAGAGGCAGUGGCAUCUCGAAUGGGAGUGGUUGUGGGUGAUCCAAGAUUACGACGCCUGCCCUGUAGGGCGAAGAAUAUUACUUAUACACAUGUAAAGGAGCUACAGUCGGACCUUUCGCGUUUUCGAGUGUUUGAGCACUACGCCGAUCUCGAUCUCAUAAGUCUCUCCGAGAGGCGUCAAAUUGAACAAGGCGAAGAGACCAUUUUUGAAUCUCGCAGCGGUCGUCUAUUUCGUGGAUGUCUCGCUGAUCUACCAAUUAAAUCAUCAAGUCAAGACUCACCACCACCGCCCCUUUCCUCCCCCACUGUCACCUCUCCUUCCUCUCUUGAGCCCACUACUAAGGCAGCAGCUGUUCCGCCCUCAAAACAAAGAGCACGAAGGAAGCGGAGGAAGGACAAUCGCCAAAAGGAACAGGAUAGAGUCUCUCCUCUUUCCCCCUCCUCUUCACCUUCGCCUAACAAAUCGCUGUCUUCCAGCGGCGCUGAAGAUGCUGUCAAGCGAGCUGAUGAGUGGUUGGCGACUAAAUCUGCCCCGGUUCGACAAUCCUUAUCAACUUCAGAUCUUGCGGCACUUUGCAACACCUACAGUGACUGGCAUCGCUCCUUACAGUUGGCCACGGCAGUGGGCGAUGUGGAACGACUGACGGAGUUGUUAUUGUCGCCGCCGGCGAGUGGGUCUGUGAGAGGGAGUUCGCCUUCCAAUGUGUUGGUUGAGGUGGAAAUUUCCCAGAUUCUGACGGUCGUUGCAACCACUGGCGAUGCCGAGGUGUCCUCCUCGGGGAUGGAACCCUGGCCCGAGGAUGAGGCGACAGUGCAGCAUCUGCUGAAUUACCGCUUCCCCGAUGGACGAAGCCUUCUCCACUUGGCUGUCGAAUUGCAGGGUGAUCCGGAGGUUGUUCGGAUCCUACUGAUGGCUGGUUGUAGACCCGAAGGAAGAGAUAACAACGGAAUGACACCCUACUUUCUGGCCAAGCAAAUUGGUAAAAAGAAGUUGCUGACAUGUUUCAAAUCCUUCCGCCAAGAUCAUCCGGAUCGCUAUGACUACGAGAAAGCAGGCAUCCCAUUAAACGUGGCUGAAAGCACCUCCGCAAAUGCACCUCGUCAGCAAAGGAAGAAUAAUCAGAUUGCCUCGGCGACCGGGGGUGAUGCUGCUCGAAAGCUGGAUCAUAUAUCCAUGCGUGAAAAGUGCGCCUCGGCUGCAGAAAAACGCGCUUUACUGGCACAGCAGAGAGGGAAACCGCAAGUGUAUCGUACCUGCGACCAGUGUUCUAUGGACAUGACUGGAAAGCAGCCCUUCUCGUAUCUCACUUUUGUCUUCUGUUCUUCGGAGUGUCUUCGGAACCACCGGUUGAAGAAUCUCAGGUAG